AUGCCUUCCAAAGCAGCCUUGGACGAGCUGACCUCAGCCACAGAAAUUUUCGUGGCGUUCUCUGAAAGCGUCACCGGUAAGAUAAUCCAUCAGUACACGCUGCCGCUGCUGAUUUCAUUCAAGAGUAUCAUCCCUGUCGUUGACAUUCUCAUCAAUAACGCGGGUGUCAUAGCCCUCCCGGAUUUUCAGCUUUCCGAAGAUAGCAUCGAAAUGACGUUUGCCACCAAUCACGUCGGCCACUUCCUCUUCACGAACCUCAUCCUGUCAAAGAUUAUCAAGGCAGGAGAGACAUCUUCCAAACCUACCAGAAUUAUCAACGGAUACCAACACCUACGGACACCAAUCCUCGCCGGUUCGUUUCUCAGACAUCAACUUCAGCAAGAUUCCAGGGGAGCUUCCCGAAGAAGAACUUCUAAUCUUCAGAAGGCCAGCUUCUUGACGGGUCAAGAAUGGUCCGAAAAGUCUUACACGCUGGAAGCCAAAUAUGGCAUCAGAUCCUACGCUAUCCAUCCCGGCGCAGUCACCACAAACAUCAAUCGCCACGCCAAAUCGGAGGAGAUUAAGAAGGCACUCAAGAGGUUGAAGAGGCUUGGCUUCGAGACUCCCGCCAAGACACUAGAUCAAGGCGCCGAUUCCUCGGUCAUCUCUGCCGUGGAUCCCGAGUUACCGAGCAUGGACCUUUCGAGCCUUGAGUCGAAGGGCCUUUAUAUGAUUGACUGCGAGCUUGAUGACGAGCAGUGCGCUGGAUUUGCCAGGAACCUGGAGUAUGCUGACAAGAUCUGA